UGUUGGAUCAGGCACUGACAAAGAGAAACCAAAAUUUGUCUUGAGCUGAGUUUCUUCUUUGCUCUUGGAGCCUAGGGCUGGUGGAAUCGCUACCACCACACUCAUCAGUUCAUUUAGGUGGAACUGUCUGUAGUUCUUAGUUUCGAGCUAUCCAGAAUGGCCUCAAACGAGGUAUUGAAGCAGGCUGAGGACGCAGCUGACCGGAUACUGAGACAAAGCAAACAUGUUUUGCCUCAUUUAGCCCAUUUGUUUCUGGUUGCCACUUUCCUGGAGGAUGGAUUUCGCAUGUUUUUCCAAUGGACAGAGCAGGCUGAUUAUAUCGAGUCCACGUGGAAUUGUGGCUCGAUUCUCUCCAACCUCUUCGUUAUUCUCAAUCUGUUCGGACAGUUGGUUGGAGGUGCUCUUGUGAUGAUUCGCAUGAAAGUGGAGAUUGGUGUUGGCACCCUGUUUGGGGUCGUGAUUCUGCAGACGUUGGCAUACAGUAUCCUGUGGAAUCUUCACUUUUUCUUGAGAAAUCUGGCGUUGAGCGGCGGUCUGUUGUUGCUGCUGGCGGAGAUUCGAGACGAGGGCAAGAGCAUGUUCGCCGGUGUUCCGUCGGUGGGUGGCAACAAGUCUCGCACGUACAUGCAGCUGACUGGUCGUCUUCUCCUAGUGCUCAUGUUCCUGACGGUCUUCUCCUUUGAAGAUGUUGCUCACAUUAUCUUCUUUGUUAUUGGCUUGAUCCUGGUACUCCUGGUGGCCAUCGGCUUCAAGGCUAAGCUCUCUGCCCUCGUUCUCACCGUUAUUCUCUUUGUUGGCAAUCUGCUGAUCAACGACUGGUGGUCGCUGGCUCACAACUCGCCGCUGCGUGACUUCAUCAAGUACGAUUUCUUUCAGAUGCUCUCCGUCAUUGGCGGUCUCCUGCUGGUUGUGACCCUGGGCCCGGGCGGUGUCAGCUUUGACGAACACAAGAAGAUGUGGUAGGGCGGCCACUCGGCUCAUUGUCCACUUAGGUGCUGCCCGUGGUCACGUGUGCAUUACUGAUUGUACCAACUGUACUAUUUGUUAAUGCUCCAUGGGCUUAGGGGACACUUCGUUCUCUCUGUCAUCAUUUCUGUGUGUGUGUCGUGUCCUUGUGAACUACACGCUUCUUUUCAUCCAGUUUGCUCCUCAUAUUUGUUUGUAGAUGGGCCAGUUUCCCUGUGCGGUAUAAUGUAUUAUCCGCUGUGACUUGACGUGCGCCCACUGCCUGUAACGAUACAUUAUUUUCGCGAUCUGCUAUGUGCCUUGCCUCUAGUCCUCUCCGUCUCACUCUCCCUAGCCGUAACGUUAGUGUGGGCCGUGUUCUGCUUGGCUGUUUCCGAGUGUUUCGUCUGCCUCGGUCAUUCCAUGACCCAUCUCCACCCUCUUUUCAAAGGUUUUAUUCUGGUGAAAUUGUUAGCAUCGCAGAUUUCAUCAUCAGCAUUUUUUGGCCGCCAUUUGCAAGUCUGGUGACGUGCUGUUAGUUGUAUAGGCUUUCUAAAUCCUGUUCAAAUGUAUGUACUGUUUAGUGCAACAUUAUUCAUAAGAAAUUGAAUUAUUUUUUGUCGUCUCUUC